ACAGGAAGUGCUUCCCUGAGCAUGCGUUCCCUGCUCUUCCUGUAGAGAGGAUACAUAUAUAUACUUUUUAACGAUUUGUCUUGACACAUGUCAUACACGGUGAUUAACUACACACGAUCAAAAUGAACUACAUGCCAGGGACCGCGAGUCUCAUCGAUGACAUAGACAAAAAGCAUCUUGUACUUCUUCGAGAUGGACGAACGCUAAUUGGGUUUCUGAGAAGCAUUGACCAGUUUGCCAACCUAGUUUUUCAUCAAACAGUCGAGCGCAUCCAUGUGGGCAAGAAGUUUGGAGACAUCCCCAGAGGAAUCUUCAUUGUGAGAGGAGAGAACGUUGUUUUGCUUGGAGAAAUAGACGUUGAUAAGCUGUGUGACAACGUCUUGCAGCAAGUUUCUAUAGAGGAGAUCCUGGAGGAGCAGCGAUUGCAACAGCAAGCCAAGCAGAAGACAGAGAAAGCCAAGGUGACCGCACUGAAGGACAGAGGCCUAUCCAUCCCAAAAGCAGAUAAUCUCGAUGAAUACUGAAGGCACUUCUGUUCCAUUUUCUUCCGUAAUACUGGACUUCUCAGUUAUAUGUUGAAUAGGGGAUUAUUUUGAAGACUAUGAAAAGAAUGUGUGCUUUGUAGAUGACGCGGUUUUGAGUCACACUAAAUACUGUACUGAUUUAAUUUUGAUUAUGACUCAUUGGUUUGAAAGCAAACAAUGAAUUAAGUGAUGCAUGAUUUGAGGGUAGACCACACAACCUAGAUUGUCUUCAAGACUACAUUUGAUGAGAAAUCAAUUAUGAUUUUCAUACCAUAGCACUGAGAACUAAGUCAAUAGUAUAUAGUGAUGAACUAUGUUAGUGUAAGCAGACACAUUGUAAUGGCAAGAUUUGUUUUCCAUAAAAGUUUUUGUUAUUUUA